AUGCCGGCACUGCUGCAGCCCCACGCCGAGCCUCGUGAUGUCAGCUGCGUUGAGCGACGCAGUUCCCUUUCGCAGGCGGACCUUCCGCAGCUCGAGCUUUGCCAGGCCGCUGCGGGCUCUGACUGUUGUGGAGGUCAAUUUGAUCGCCGGGCACCCUCAUGCAGUGACCCUCAUGCAGUGACCCUCGUGAGAAUGUCCAGAUGGGGAAGCUUCCAACUUGACAGUUUUUCCUUCGUGGUCGCAACGGCACAGUUCACGCGGUCCUUCAGCAACAGCUCGAACUCGGCCGGGCCGUCUGCUGCUGAGAGGGCAAAGAAAGCUCAAGAACUCUGGAGCACGUUUGUGCCGGAGCAGCACUGGGACUUUCGCAGCCCGAUGAUCCCGACGUUGAUCUUGGCCAUCGUGUUUCUGCAGUUUCUCAUCAGUCAGAAGCAAUCGGACGUGGCAGAGAAGGAGAGGGAGGAGGUGAGGCUGCUUCAAGACGAGCGCCGGGCUCGGCGGGCGGCCACCGAGAAAGCCUUGGCGGAGUGA